CAUCUUUCUUCUUCUUACCGAGUUUCGACAAAGAGAAGUAGAGAACGAACGAUGACUAUGUGAUGUUGUGAUUGUGACACCGAAUUCGCAAAUUUGUGGGUUAGGAUUUUUGAUUUGUGGGUUUUGAAGAGAAUCUUGAAUUAGAAGCACUCAUUCUUCAAUCGUGUUCUCGACUCGAGGGACAGAGACGAGAUAUCUAAAUGAUGAUGUGUUGCUAACUACUAAGACCCAAAACCUCCAAGAAGGGUUUCAACCAUGGGAAAGGAGAAAUCUGUUUCUGGAAACACAACACCGCUCCAUGGUCGCCCUGUAACUCGUGCCAUUGUGUCUGCUCUGCGUGCUUCCUCUAAAAUGAUUACAUCCUCAGAAGUGGCUGCUACAACAACACAGAUCAAUCAGGGUCUGGUUCUCAGAUCAAAAAACAGUAAAAGAACAGCCUUGGAUGAGAAGAAAGCCAAUGCACAUAAGAAGCAAGCUGUUCUUAAGGAUAUCACAAAUGUUAAUUCUUACACAAGUUGCUUCAAUGCAGCUAAAAUUCAGGUGGAGAAUAUCAAGCAGAAAAAGAAGGAAAGGGCAAGUUCUUCCAUGGUGGAAUCAUCUUCUGCUACUUCAGAAGUCACAUAUGAAAAGGUAGAAGUUUGGUCAAAAUCAACAGGAAGUUCCACUGUGGCAAGUAUCCCGAAAUUCGUUGACAUUGAUUCAGAUGAUAAGGAUCAUCUACUCUGUUGCCUUUAUGCACCUGAAAUCUAUAACAACCUGCGUGUUGCUGAGCUUAAACGCAGACCAUUUCCUGAUUUUAUGGAGAGAACACAAAGAGAUGUGACUCAAACAAUGCGGGGAAUUCUGGUUGAUUGGCUUGUAGAGGUCGCAGAGGAAUACACACUUGUGCCUGACACUCUUUACCUAACAGUAUAUCUCAUAGAUUGGUAUCUACAUGGAAACUACAUGGAAAGACAAAGACUUCAACUGCUCGGCAUCACUUGUAUGCUCAUUGCUUCAAAGUAUGAGGAGAUCUGUGCACCACGCAUUGAAGAGUUCUGUUUCAUCUCGGAUAACGCUUACACAGGAGAUCAGGUCCUAGAAAUGGAGAGCCUAGUAGUCAAGCAUUCUAGCUUUCAAAUUUACGCUCCCACUCCAAAAACAUUCCUCAGGAGAUUUCUUCGAGCAGCUCAAGCUUCUCACCCGAACCCAAGUCAAGAAAUGGAGUUUCUGGCGAAUUAUCUCACGGAACUGACGUUAUUAGACUAUCAAUUCUUGAAGUUCCUUCCUUCGAUUAUCGCUGCUUCGGCCAUUUUUCUUGCCAACUGGACAAUGAACCAAUUUAGCCACCCUUGGAAUCCAACUCUUGAGCAUUACACAAUGUACAAAGCCUCCGAUCUCAAAGCAUCUGUUCAGGCCUUGCAAGAUCUGCAGCUUAACACCAAAGGAUGCCUCUUAAAUUCUAUACGCAUGAAAUAUAGACAAGAGAAGUUCAAAUGUGUGGCGGUCUACACUUCUCCGAAGCUACAUGACAAGCUAUUCUGAAAAGGUUAAAGCCUAAAGCGAGCGGUUCAUCUCUUAACCGAUGUUACUUUUCUGAUGGUCCGCUUCGUCCUCAUUCGUUUGUUACUCUGUCUAAUAAAAACGGAAAUUAUUUUUCCACGGUCUCAUACUUAGUAACCGGGUUACUUAGGAGUCGGUUUACUCGGGAUUAGUGUAGACUUGUUUGGUUCUUCCAAACCUGAUUUGUUCUUCCAAACCUGAUUUGUUCUGAUCGGUGAUACGAGAUUAUUUCAUUUGUUAUUUUUCUUUCAACAGGCAAUU